UGGGCAAGAGAGGGUUAAAGGUGGGGCCAGCCCUACAAACACGCGCACACGCUCCUUACUCAGACCUGUCACACGCGUCCCUCCGGCACUUAGCCGAGGCUGGGGGGAGGGGGCUGGGGCCUGCACUGUCGGAACUCGCGCCUUCGGGCCGAGCCCCCUGGCCGAGGCGCACACACGCUCCAGCGCGCGCACACACCUCGGACAUUCCCAUAGUGCCUCACGUGACACUCGGCCCGAACGUGCCCACCCUGCCCACACGCUCACGCACGCGUGCUCACAACCUCUGGCCGCUUCCGAACUCCGCGCUGACCCCCGUCCUCCGCCCCGCAAAGGCGCUCAUUGACGGCGGCACACCUACACUCAUUCACAGACACACACUCCCCCCACAUGCCAGCCACAGCCACACAUUCAUAAACAGGGCCGGGAGAAGUACACAUGCACCCCCUCGCUGCCUACUCGUUUGGGAGCCCUGAGUCAUUCCUGCCCCCUCGCAGGGCUCCCCAUUUCCCUGAGUGCAGGCACAAUGGGACAGGCUGGAGUCUCCCUUAGUGGUCUCCGUUCCCCUUAGGCCCCCUUGCCCAGUUUGCUGUCUCUGACACUCAGCCGAGGACUUCCUGUAGGUCCCAGGUCAGGGGCCGGCUGCGCCUGGACGGUUGCCACAACCCCGGUGCAGUUAAGGGAGGCACUUCCUUUUCCUGAACUCUGGGAUCCUGCGGGAGGAAGUUGGGCGGGGGCCGCAGAGGCCAGGCUGACUGGUAGGACUGGCCCUCCAGAAGCACUGGAUUUCCUUAAGAGCGGCGACAGAGGCCUGGGAUGGGAAUCUCGGCGGCUGUCGAGGUAUUUGGGAAACCGGAGGUCUGGGGGAGUUGACCAGGCAGGUUCUGGGCUGUGCCAGUGCUGGGACAGUAGGUCUCCCAUCCACAGGUCUCUCUUGGUUCUGGAAAGAGCCCUUCCCUUCACUGUGGCUUCCUUGACCCUGUUUAUCAAUUGUCCCCUGACUCCACUCAUGAGGUCCAUCUGGUUCCAUCUCCUUCCUCGACGAUCGGUGACAGUGGCGGAUAGACGUAACCUUCUGAAGGAGAAUGUGUUGUGGGAUCUGGUCACCCAGCCGAAACUCUACACCUACUACAGGGUCCUCAGACCAGGAUGGGGGAGCUGGGGACAAGCACCAGGUGGUUCUCUUCACGCUGCUCCUUUUGCUCUCUCAGGAGGCCCAGUGUGGGCUGAAGCUCUUACCAUGGAGUCCAUGUUUGAAGAUGACAUCAGCAUCCUGACCCAAGAAGCUUUGGGGCCCAGUGAGGUGUGGCUGGAUGGUCCUGGAGACUCCUCCCUUGGAGGCGACAUGUGUUCUGCCUCCCACUUUGCUCUCAUCACAGCCUAUGGAGAUAUCAAGGAGCGGCUAGGGGGCCUGGAGAAAGAGAAUGCCACCCUCCGCCGGCGCCUCAAAGUCUAUGAGAUCAAGUACCCACUGAUCACUGAUUUUGGAGAGGAGCACGGCUUCCCCCUGUAUGAAAUCAAGGAUGGCUCCCUGCUGGAGGUAGAGAAGGUCAGUCUGCAGCAGCGGCUCAACCAGUUCCAACAUGAGUUGCAGAAGAAUAAGGAGCAAGAAGAACAACUCGGGGAGAUGAUCCAGGCUUACGAGAAACUCUGUGUGGAGAAAAACGACUUGGAGACAGAGCUGGGGGAGAUGCGGGCCCUGGUAGAGACUCACUUGCAGCAGAUCUGUGCCUUGGAGCAACAGCUGCAGCAGCAACAAGGCCUCCGGGAUGCAGCUUUUCCCAGCCUGAGCCCCCCAUCUGCCCCCGCCACACCCUGUCCUGACCUGGACCUGCACUAUCUGGCUUUGAGAGGGGGACCUGCCUUGGGUCAUGGCUGGCCUGGCCCUGCUAGCGUAAGUGUGAGCGAGCUGGAGCGAAGACGACUAGAAGAGGCCCUGGAGGCUGCGCAGGGGGAGGCUCGGGGGGCGCAGCUGCGGGAAGAGCAACUCCAGGCAGAAUGCGAGAGACUGCAGGGAGAGCUGAAGCAGCUACAGGAGUCCCGGGCCCAGGAUCUGGCCUCCAACCAGUCGGAAUGUGACAUGGCUUGGGUAAAGAGAGUUGGGGAUGAUCAGGUGAACUUGGCGCUGGCCUACACAGAACUCACGGAGGAGCUGGGUCGGCUUCGGGAGUUGAGUUCCCUGCAGGGGAGGAUCUUGAGGACUUUGCUGCAGGAGCAGGCCCGGAAUGCAGGUCAAAGGCAUUCGCCACUAUCGCAGCGCCAUUCCCCGGCCCCCGCGUGCCCCUCGCCCUCCCCACCUGCCCGACCGCCGCCCUGUGCCCCGUGCCAGUCCCCUGCCGCACAGCGCCGCUCGCCGGUGCCCCCGUGCGGCCGCCGCAGCUACUCGGAGCUGGCAGAGGGCGCAGCCUAUGCCAGUGCCUCCCCUGCCUGGCUGCAGGCCGAGGCCGCCACACUCCCCAAGCCCCGCGCCUACGGCGGCGAGCUCUAUGGCCCCGGCAGGCCGCUCAGCCCUCGCCGCGCCUUCGAGGGCAUCCGCCUGCGCUUUGAGAAGCAGCCAUCAGAGGAAGAGGAGUGGGCCAUGCCGGCCAGCCCACCCAGCCCCGAAGCGGGCACCAUCCGCUGCGCCUCAUUCUGUGCGGGUUUCCCCAUCCCGGAGUCACCUGCAGCCACCGCCUAUGCCCACGCUGAGCACGCACAGUCCUGGCCAUCCAUCAAUCUACUGAUGGAGACGGUGGGCUCUGACAUCCGCAGCUGCCCCCUCUGCCAGCUGGGUUUCCCUGUCGGGUACCCGGAUGACGCCCUCAUCAAACACAUUGACUCCCACCUGGAGAACAGCAAGAUCUAGGGCGCCUCUACCCCGGCUGGCUGAUUCUCUGCUCUCUUAUCUCCCCCCGAACACUCACUUUGAAUGCUGCAUGAAUCUCGUGGGGGGCCCCUGCCCCUUGCGUCCCCAGAUACCUCCACUAGCUACCGAGUCAGUGUGUCUUCCCUGGCCCAGGCACCGCUCAGCUCGGGCUCUUUCCAGGAGGUUGACCAAGGCUCUCUCCAUCUUCCUGAUUUCCUCUGGGGAGUGGGGUCUGGUCUGAAAUGGGGAGGAUAUACCUUCCAUCUCUCUCUCUCUCUCUCUCUCUCUCUCUCUCUCUCUCUCUGCUUUUCUGGUUUUCAACAAGGUUGGAUCCAAGCAGAAGUCUAGUGCUUGGGGGAGGGAGAGGAAGGGUCAAGAGCUCCGGGAGCCCCUUUCCAAAUGUCCAUCUUCCCCGGGCAAUGUUCUUCCGGGGAGGACCUCUUGAGAGGGUCUCAGAGCCUGCCCUGCACACUGAUGCCAGCCCUCUGUCUCAUGCCUGACCAGCCUUGGACUCGUGGUAUUGAGGAAGGAGGCAUCUUGUUUCUCGUUACUCUCUGCAGGCUAACUCUGUUCUCCCCCUCUGCCCACCCGAGGGAACAGGGAAUGUGGCAGAGGUGUGGGAGGACCCUGCAGGCCUUGGAUGAUCUAGCCCAAAGGGGCUGCCUUGAGGCUGGGGACUCCUGGGCCAUUUCCCUCUCAGUCCAGGGGAUGGUCGGUCUGCCAACCUCACAGGCCUGGGCCCUUCCAGAGUCCCUGGCACUAAAGAGCAGAUCAUCAAGGCAGAUGCCUCCAUGCUCCCCCACUGCAGCUCCUGACACCAUAGGUGCCCCGGAGCCCAGGUGUGACUCCGCCUGUGUUUGCUGGGUGGGUGUCAUCAGCCCCUCCCUCCCAGGCCAGAACCCGAGAAUGGGCCCAGGGUGCUGUGGAGAUCAACUUCAAAAGAGCUAAUCCCCAUUCCACACCCACCCACCCAACCCUAAAUUCCCUCUGUGAAAUCUACCUCAGAGCCGUCCCCUCAGAAAGACAGGGGAGCGGGAGGCUGGGGCCCCAGGCUGAGGUGGGAGCCUCCUGAGGGAGCCUGCUGCCCACUAUGAAUCCACCCCUCACUUUGAGCCUCCCUGGGGCCUUGGCCAGCUGGUGGCAGUGAAAAGCACCGUCCAUCGCUUGUGCCAUUCUGAUCCAAAUCUUCCAGGCCCUCUCCCCACACCCCUCCUUCCUCUGUGUAGGAACGAGGGGUAUGUCAGCAGGGAAGGGGCCAAGGACUCCAGAGAUGCAUCAUUGUACCCUGAGUGUUCCCUAGGGAGGGGACAUGGGGAAGGGGGCCUGUAGAGGGGAGAGAGGGCCCUGUGCUCUCUGAACAAGUUGAAAGUCCAAAUAAAACUUACCUGUUCCAUCUGC